UGUGAACAGCCCAAACUCUAAGAACCGACCUCUCAUAUACUUAAACACGUAACCUCACCCGGUAUUGAAAGCUACCGCUUACCUUCUUCAUCCAAAGCAGAUAAUCUUAAAAAAAAUGUCUUCGGAUGAAUCACUGUUGAUAGCUGAGCUGUUCAACCUGUUUAUCGAGCCCUCUCGCACGAACGAGGCGAACCGACCGGUGCUCGCGAGGAGCGUGGGCGAGUGGUUGGACGACCUGUUCGACUGCUGGUACGAAUUAUUGUUUGACGAAGACGAAGGGGAGGACGUCUCCGAGCCAAUGAAUGAAAGUACUAUUCGGUACUGCAGCGCUGCGUAUAUAGACGACGAGCACCUCCGUCAGGCGCAGGAGGAGGCCGCCGCAUGCGACGCUUGGUUUUCUUCUCCGCCUCCAAGCCGAUGGUUCUGCAUCAUGACAGGUUCCAUCGUGCUCAUCCUCCUCUACUACGCGCCCUACAUAACCGAUGCUAUCCUCGUAUCCGUCGCCAUAUUUUCAUUCCUAUUAGCCAUCGCCUCGCCUCCUGUUAUAUUGUUAGUCAUGCUAUUCCUUCCGCUAAGGCGUUGGGGAAAGGCAAACGAACAUGGUCAAAAUAGGGGUAAGACAUUGGCUGUAUCUCUACGGUCUAUUUCCUACAAGAGUCCAGAUAUCUUGAAUGGUCAGAUGGGCAUUGUUAAGAGAAAGUAAACGGACACACAGG